AUGUCUUCUAAACGAAAAACAAACACGACUUCACCUGUGCAUGUAACAGUUGAAGACAAAUCAGAACCCCAUAAUGAUCCAGAUAAAGUCGAACGGAUAAACGAAGUGCUUACGGAACAUCUUGGGUAUCAUCCUCUUGGAGUCAUUGAUGAUGUGAUCAAUGCCGUUAAUGCGUUAUUGUACAAAUGUACGGAGGCCAUGGAACACUAUUUAAAGGAAAUGAAAGCAGCUAAAGAUAACGAGAUCCAAAGUUUGAUGGAUGAUGAUGGGUUGAUCUUGAGUAACAUUUCAGAAAACAUAUAUACUGAAGAAGAAAUAGCUAGAGGUACUGCUGAAUUAGAAACGCUACUUGAAAAUAAAGUAGAUCGUUCUUUCGAUAAGCUUGAAUUGUAUGCGUUACGGAACAUUCUUACUCUUCCGUAUGAUCUAUUAGAUGAAGGUUACAUUAGACUUUUACAUCAACAGGGAAUUGAUUAUGGGCCAUAUGAUCAAAAACAAUUGAAUGAAUUUGAUAACCAUUUGAAGCUGUUGAAACAAGAUAUCGAAGUGGAGUUACAAAUUCGAAAGGUUCUAGUGGCUCAAAUCAAACGAGCUAAAAAAGUCGUUAAAGCUUUGCGUCAACUACGCCAAGUGAUAUCUGCUUACAACGAUGCAAACAGAAGUUACCACAAACAACCCAUGAAUGAAAAUAUAGUAGAAUUGUUUAAUUUUAUGAUUGCAGAAGUCAAAGAUUUGGGUGAAAAGGCAACGGCAUUCUAUAAACUUAUUCUUAGUCGAGAUGCUACUCAAGGAGGUAUCAAGGGAUUAGAAUUUAUGCCUGAUUCAAGAGAUUUAUACACAGAUUUGAAAUCAUUCUUGGUGGUUAGUAAAGAUAUAGCAAUCUCAUCACACGCAUUCAUCGAACAUCCCACUAAUAAUAAAGCUCACAAUACCUCUGAUGGAGCUUCUACUCAAUUGCCCGGUAACUUGAUGCCUGAUGAAGCAGCCUUAAAGGAGGUUCUACAGAUGCUUACAACGUACAAUGAAUGA